CUCCAUCUAUCACAUGGCCGGAGAGCCACAAAAACAACAGCUUUGGCCACGACCGUGACUUCAGGAAAGGGAACGCAGGGCUCUUGCAGGCAGCCCCCACCCCAUGGAGGAGAGUUUUCUUGAAUCCUUCGGGAGGUUGAGCCUCCGGCAGCAGCAGCAGCCGCCGCCGCCGCCUCGGCCGCCCGCCCCGCCGCCCCCGCGUGGGACACCUCCGCGCCGCCACAGCUUUCGGAAGCACCUCUACCUCCUGCGAGGCCUGCCGGGCUCGGGGAAAACUACACUGGCCAGACAAUUGCAACAUGACUUUCCCAGGGCCCUGAUUUUCAGCACGGAUGAUUUUUUCUUCAGGGAAGAUGGUGCCUAUGAGUUCAAUCCUGACUUCCUGGAGGAAGCUCAUGAAUGGAACCAGAAAAGAGCAAGAAAAGCAAUGAGGAAUGGCAUAUCCCCCAUUAUUAUUGAUAAUACCAACCUCCACGCCUGGGAAAUGAAGCCCUAUGCAGUCAUGGCACUUGAAAAUAACUAUGAAGUUAUAUUCCGAGAACCUGACACUCGCUGGAAAUUCAACGUUCAAGAGUUAGCAAGAAGAAACAUUCAUGGAGUCCCAAGAGAGAAAAUACACAGAAUGAAAGAACGGUAUGAACAUGAUGUUACCUUUUACAGUGUGCUGCAUGCCGAAAAACCAAGCAGAGCGAACAGAAGCCAGGACAGGAAUAAUGCAUCUCCUUCCGACGCUGCAGGGUACUGGAACACCUAUGCAGAGUUCCCAAACCGGAGGGCACAUGGUGGCUUCACUCAUGAGAGUUCCUUCAACAGAAGGGGUGGUUGUCACCAUGGGUAUUAGAGGUCUCUCUUACAGGCAUUCAGAAUUUUCCUAAAUCAAUUUUUACUUCAAUUUUUGGUAUUUAUUCUUCGUUCAGUUGUAGCCAGAGCUCUAAUUCCAGUGUAAAUAGUCAAACCUGAAAGUUUUUGAGCAGAAGUCAUUACAUUCCUCUUCAACAAGCAUUUGUUACAGUGAUCCUAUAUGCAUGGUCUGAUGCUGGGAAUUCUGCCGAUUUGAUUCAACAAAGUCCCUUUCUCUAGGGAAAGAAUUAAUCUGAACCUGAAACCUGAGAAUGUACCCAAGAACAUAAUCAGCCCCAUAGGCUCAUUAAUGAACUGAAGUGUUUAUAAUAUAAAGCUUCAGUACCACUUUCUCUGAAGCAAUCUAUUUUUUCAGGAAAUUCAUCUCCAUCAGGAAAGUUGGAAAGGUGGGGGAGAAGUAGGAGGCAGGAAAAACUGCCAUUGCUACUUUAAUCAUCCAUGUAUCCAAAAAUGUGAGGUGUGGCUGUGAUGAUGAUAUUGAUUUUCCUUUAAAAUGAAUAUACCAGAAAGUACACACCUAAGGGAAUAUUGUCCUUCAGAGUAGACACUUUGGGAAAUUAUUCCUUUAUUUUAACGAUGUAUCACUGUUGGAAAUGUCUGUUAAAAUAUUUCUUAAUAGCUAUACAAGCUACUGAGGAAAAUCAGUGUCAUUAUUUAAAGUCACAUCUUGUGUUUUAACUACCACUUUAUCGAACAGGGUUAAACCUGAAUAACUUUUGGCUAUUGAGCUAAUAGUGUAAAUAAACAAGCCUGCCUUUAUAAAACACCAAUUUUUAAGUGGAAUAACUAAGCAGUUUUUAAAAUUAUGCUUAUAAACAUGUGUCUAAUCGGUUGGCAGCUCCAAAGUUCGGGGAGUACAAGGAAUGAAGCAUCCCAGGAUGUGGAUCCUAUAGAGAUAGAUAUGCAAAAGUCACGCUCUCCUUAAGAGGAGCAGUCUUGGUGUUUUGUGUGGCAUUAAGACAAAGUUCUACCACAGAUGUUACACUAAUACUGACAUUUAUGAAUCCUAAUCAAACCUUAACCGGUUGGAAUCAGAUUAGUUUGGUGUGAAACCAUGGAUAAGACCAUGCAGGAUGUAUGCUUUACUUCUUGUUGGCCAACAGCUUCUUUCUAAUGUUUUGUGAAGUACUAUUUUAAGUGUUCUAUAUAAUGGUGCUUUUAUGGUUAUUAAAAAUUGUGUAUGGUAUUGCUUUA